CUCCACACCAGUAGGUGGCAGUAAUGUACUGCCUACCGCAACCCAGAAGGAGAAGGAAGAAGAAGAAAAUCAAAUAGACAGCGCCUUUUUCCCUUUGCCGGCUGUUGUCUGUUACAUUUUCAUUUAUUCUUUAAGCUUCCAGAAGAAAGUGUUUUCAACAAGCAGUAUGGCACAAUCUUUGCGAAAUAUGCUAGAAGCAAACACCGCCAGGUUUAAGAAGUCUCUGGACCAAAUCGCUGAAAAGUAUUCAAAACUCAAGGAUAAAGACGACGUGCAAGAGAUCGAUAUCAACCAAAUUAAACUAAAAACUCUUUCAAAGUAUUUCGCACAGUCCAGAGACCACCUCGAACAGUUAUCGUCAAAGAGCCAGUUAGAUGUAAGAGAUCGCUCCUUAAACUCAAGUGUCACAGCACAUUCUCAGUUAAAUUUGUCAUGUGAAACUGACAAAGUGAAGGAUGGCAGUGAACAUACUAAUGAGGAUAGCGCAGAGGGAACUCUCAAGUCAUUGGAUGAGAUAUGGUGGAACCCGUCAGAAAGCGAGUUCCUGCCAGAGGAUCAAGACGAAGAGCUGCAGGUGUCUCUGAGCAGUCGGUCCAACACCCUGGCCGAGCUCUACCCAACGAUGGUCAGUCGGAUAGAAAGAGCCUGGCAUCGACAGGCCGUCUCCACGGCUGCCAGGUCCGUGCUGAGGCGGUACCGCCGGUGGAGGCAACGGUCUAGGAGACUCAACACCACCUUUGACUUCACAGCGAGACCCAAUGACACCCUCGUGAAACCGUCGGCCAGUAAGAAGCUUCUCGCAAAGGACUCUGGCAGACCUGCAGAGAGGAUGUGGACUGAGACAAUAUCUCGUCCUCGUCUUGGACCCUCGACACUGGCGAGCCUGCGUAACAGACGACAGUCUCCUGGCAGGGUGAGAGGAUUGUUGAUCGGGGACACCCCACAUCAUGUCAGGGUAAUGGACUGCUCUGACACCACUAACCCACGAGAGAUGUUGUUGAACAAGGCUUUCACUGUGUAUGAGUAUUCCCCUCGUAAACAAACCCACCUUGCUGAUCAGAUCCCCAUCAAUGCCAAAUCAUCUCCAGAUUCGUCCUUCAGGCUUAGGAGACUUUCCGUUUCCUCAGCAGAGGUCUCAGCAGGAGAAACUCUCUCUGUGCCAGAGAGGCCCGAUAUCUACAGAACCCCGGCCCGGCACAGUCCCUUCAAGGCAAGAACAGCUAGUCCCCUCAGUCGGUCUCCUCUUGCGUUUUCCAGAAGAAAAUACGACGAGGGUUGGUCAAGAGAACCGAUGAAGCCUAGAUCACUCUCCACUUCGAUGUCCUCUCCUUCCAAGAGGCCUGUUGUGCUGGUGAAGAUGGUUGAUCCCCAAGACUCCACUCAGUCACCCCGGCAACGGCCCGUCUUGUCUCCGCCGGCCCGGACAGAGACAAGCCACCGCGGAUUCAGACGGAACCUCUCCUACGACUCUUCUCUGCCUCGCCACGCCUACCCACUGGCAAAUAAAGUCGAGGAGGACUACCUGAGGGUUUACCACAAGUUUGUGUGCCAGAACAAAUCGGCUCCCUUCGACGCCCUUCCUUGCCGUCUGUGCGGAAGACGUUCUGAGGCCGGGAGGACCUCGUCCUUCACGUCGUUGGCAGCACUUGCCUUGUCUCCCCACCGCUCAAUCCUGAGGAAGCGCGACAGGGAGCAGAGGUGUGACGGCGACCCGCAGUCCAAACGCCUCAGGUACGAGAACUACGCCUUCUCCCCGGGGUCCAAGCGUCACAGCGAUGAGAUGCUGAGACGCCGCCAGUCGCCCAAACCCAGCGCCGUCCCUUACAGCCCCGGUAAACACAGAUCCCAGGAGUCUACAGCGUACCUGGACGCCUGGAUGGACCGGCACCAGCCUCUCUUCUCUUCUCCAGGAGGUCAACUUGACAAUGAUGCACGCGGCGGCUUCUCUCCCAGAAACUGGAGAUAAAUCGAGAUGAACAAGAAACUGCAUUUGUUCCUGUGCAGAAGAACUGUUUUCAGAUCCAGAUAAAUAAUGUCUUUAGAGUGGAUGUGGUUUGGCUUUUAUAGCAGUCUGUUCUUGUUCUUUUUGGAUUGUAGCUGGAUCUAAAGCAUUCUGAAUCCUUAUUGUUACUUGAUUAUUACAUAUAAAGCAUAUAUUGUUCAUCUCAUUGUUCUUGUUUUUAUGUUUGCCUUUAUUAAAGUUUCAAAAAGUUUCAAGUUGGCAAAAAGAAUAAAGACUGUGAGUAAGAGUUUAA